AGUGUGAUUGACAGGUGAGGGGCAGUGACAUCACGGGGACGCUGUAUAAAAGGUGAAAGUGGGGAAAAGUGAUGAUCUGAGCUCAUUUGGGGAGUUUUCCAAAGCCACAUCCAGUCACACACUCUACAGAGAAGACGCCGAUAUCGACAAUGGCCGAUUUCGACCAGGUUCUGAAAUGCUGGGGGGCCGUGGAGGCCGACUUCGCGGGUCACGGAGGAGAAGUCCUGACCCGUUUGUUUAAGGAGCACCCGGAGACUCAGAAGCUGUUCCCCAAGUUCGUGGGCAUCUCUCAGUCCGAUCUGGCGGGAAACGCGGCGGUGGCGUCCCACGGAGCGACCGUGCUGAAGAAGCUGGGCGAGCUGCUGAAGGCCAGAGGAGACCACGCUGCCAUCCUCAAACCGCUGGCCACCUCUCACGCCAACAUACACAAGAUCACCCUCAACAACUUCAGGCUGAUCACGGAGGUGCUGGUGAAGGUGAUGGCGGAGAAGGCGGGCCUGGACGGGGCUGGACAGAGCGCGCUCCGGAGGGUCAUGGAGGUCGUGAUCGGGGACAUCGACGCUUACUACAAGGAGAUCGGGUUCGCCGGCUAAACCGCACGCCGAGCGUCACGGAACGAAAAAAAACCGCUUGUCUUGUUAAUGCAUUAGUCAGUAGAAGUUACCGUGCAGCUCACAUGAUUUAAAAACUAUCUGCAGAGAACAAAUCACGUCUAAAACCCAAAGCGAACAAGCGACCGUGUUUAUAGGCCUGAGUCAGGGCAGCGCCGCGGGAUUGGACGGUUGACGGCAUGCUGAUUGUUCGGCUCAUCAAGGGUUCAGAAAAGUGUUUAAAAAUCUUUAGAUCCAAGAUGGCGCCUGGCCUGAUUAAGGUAACCGCCUAGGAACGAGCAGAGCCAAUCACAUCAGGUUUAGAACGUCAGCUGAUCUGAUGAUGUCGUGACAGCGGCCGUUAGGGUCUCAGGAGGAGCCUCAGAUUAGGACUAAACCUCAUUUAAAAACGUUCUUUUCAAUUUGGGAGAAAAUGAGUGAAAUUGGUUAAUUCUAACGACGCCAUAGAUGUGUGCUUCUCUACGCUUGCUUCGUCUCACUGUCAUUAACCUGUGCUACAGAAUCAUUUGCCUCACUUUUGUAAAGCAACACUUAUUAAUAAACGUCGCUUUUAUCUGCUGAAAAACUGAA